AUGUCGUCCACAACCCCGACUGCGACCCCGACUCCACAGGUCACGGAUAUCUUUGGCCAUUUUAGAGAGUUGAACUACGCAGCAUGCGUCCCAGGGAUCAUGGGGACCCGGUGCAACAUCUUCUGGGCGUUGCAGAAAGGAUAUGAGGACAUGAUGACGUCGAGGACAGAUCCGUAA